UAUAUAAAGACAGCCUCGUCAUUAUCUUUGCCCCUUCAAUCAGCAUCGAGACAGCAUACGCAACUCAGUCACUCAUGAUGAAGUCCUCGCUAAGCUCUGUUUUGGCUGCAUUAGCCCUAUCUUUACCACUGGCAGCAGCCUCAUCUCAAUACUCCAACCCACAGGCUCCAUCUUGUCGCUUUGGCCUUGAAUGGUCGCAAAAGGACGUCCUUCAACAUACCGACGACUUCAUCUGGGAUCUUCUCUACUGGGAAGGUAAAUUUCAUCAAAACGAUGUAGCCUACAAUACUCAAAAUGGCAUGUCCUAUGAUGGAACCCAGCUUGAUUGGAAGACUGGCAAGCGCACUAAGAAGCAUACGUUCAGUGCAGCCAGCAAGGAGGCACUGCAAAUCAUGCUCUACGCCCAGGCUAUCUCUGGGUCUAAGGAAGCUGCCCGCUUCUUGACCCCGGAUAAUCUCAAGGCUGCACCAGGCUUCGCUGCGUCAAUCAUGGAGACAAAGCUCAAGACUUAUAGCCAGUUCAACCAGACAUAUCCCGGCUUCGGUGGCUUUCUCCCAUGGAUCAAGACUGACACCACGACCAUCUCGCCUCAAGAUGGCUGGGACGAUCGCGUUCCCGGCUUAGACAAUGGAGAGCUCAUCUGGGCAGUUUACGCCAGCAUCGAAGCCCUCCAGAAGCAGUCCAACCCCAAGUUCCACAAAAUCGCCGACGGAUGGCAGACCUGGCUCAACUACGUCGCUUCAACUGCCCCCAAGAUCUUCUACAUCGGCAAAGGGAAGGUCUGUGCUGUUACAGCAAUCGGCGACCAGACACUCCCUGUCAAUGACAAGAAGCAGUCGUACAAGUGCGAGUCGGAGACUUAUCUCGAUGACCCUUAUGAAGGAGAGCUUUUGACUUACUUCUUCCAAUUCUUCACUGAUCUGUCCAAGAAGGAUAAGCAGACGCUUUGGGAGUACAAGAGAGCCAAGUUGGAGAAGGCUGAGUAUAACAAGGGUGGUGUUGGUCCUAUCACUGUUCGCAAGGGUUUUUGGUUCUCUAGCCAUGAGAUUUGGAACCAGCUUGAGUUGCCAUACCACGACGUUGACAUUGUCAGCCGCCUCUUCAAGAACGGCGAACGUGCUCGAACUUGCAACUCGGUAGUCACCAAGACCCCCGGCCUCUACGCCUCCGUCAACAACUCUACCGAUCCCAAGACAGACGAGAUCAUCGGCUACAUCUCACCCGCCGGUAUUCCCUCUAUUGCAAGUCAAAAGGAUCAAGAGCUCGAUGUCAUCACUCCUUAUGGUGUCUUCCCUGUUGUAUUGUUCGACAAGGCUGUUGGCUUGGCUUGGUGGAGGAACAUGAUCGUUGGAAAGAAGAUGCAGAAUCCUUAUGGCAGCACAGAGUCCACCCGCGUCGACGGCAAGGGUGUUUCAGCACUCGUGACCUGGGAUAGUAAGGUCACUACUGUACUCUCCCUCAUGAAUGGUGUUGUGGAUCUUGUUCGCGAGCGAAUGAAGUCUGAUGGCAUCUACAACGAGUUCCUAAAGAUUACAGAGGCAAGUUCUCCAUGA